CUUCUCGAUUGGCUUGGCUCUCAGACCGGGAAUAUUUUUGAAAGUUACUGGGUGUGUGCAUUUACGUUUGUGUGUGUUUGUCAAACUGACAAAACUUCGUAGCACCAACGGCUGUUAGGCCGUUCAAAUUGACUUAUUUACCGGGUGAAGUAUUAAGUAGUUAUUUUUAAUUCUCCAUGGAGCAAGAGGCACGGGGGGAAACUCCGUCUGCAGCAACGAGUAAAGCUGGGAACGAGAUGACAGACAUCGCGGUGGUCGAUUUGGAGUCCUACUUUAACGUUGAACUCGACAUGGAAAUCAACAACGGCAUUUCUGAAGUGGGACAUAACGUGUCCGGUUUAAAUCAAGCUCUUUUUCAGAAUGAAGAGGGGGAUGAAGAUGAGAGUGAUGAUGACAGUGGCACGGACCAUUUUAACUCUGAGAAGUCGGGGACUCAGCUGCAGAGAUUUGAACGCCUUGGAGGAGUAAAUUCAAGUCUUCCUGACACCUUCCAGACCAGUCACCUGCUAUUCUACGAGCGGUUCAAGGCAUACCAGGACUACAUGCUCGGAGACUGUAAGCCAUCCGAGGUAAAGGCCUUCACAGCAGACUACCUGGAAAAGGUGGUGGAGCCGUGUGACUGGUUGGCUCUGUGGGCUACUGAUGUCUUUGAUGUGUUGGUGGAGGUGUGUGAUGUGGACUUGAAGGAUCUGAAGGCAUGUGUGAGUCUGGUGCUGCCUCUGCAGUGUGACACCAGAGGCUGUGAACUUACAGAGGAAGCCAUGAAGUCUCUGCUGGAUGCCACUCGGCACAAAGUCCCUCUGCAGGAGCUCCAGGUGGUCUACGAGCAGUCUGGGGACUUUGAUCAGACCGCCCUCGCUCUUGAGCACCUCAGGUUUUUUUAUAAACACAUCUGGAGACAGUGGGAUGAGGAAGAUGAAGAUGAUGACUUUGACUACUUUGUUCGUUGCGUGGAGCCUCGUCUCAGGCUCUACUACGACAUCUUAGAAGACAGAGUCCCAGCAGGCCUGGUGGCAGAGUACCAGUCCUUACUGGAAAACUGCUCUCAGUGCUUCCAGCUGUUCUCUGUGCUGCGCAGCGGUCUCUGCAGCGACUCGGACUCAGAGCUGGACAACGUGUCCAUGGUGGAGGGCCUGAAGCUCUACGACCAGCUGGAGACGUUCAAACGCAAGCUGCACAUCUUCGAGAACCCCCUGCUGAGGUAUGUGCUGGGCUACAGAGGAAAUGCCAGGCAACAGUGUGUGCAGAGCCGUGGGCUCCGAGCAUCAGGUGUGAAGAUGAUCCAUGUGGUCACAGCCUCCUGCAGCAGCAUCCAGCUCCAGUCCCUCCUCAGUGACAGACUGCUGCCUCUGUGUUCCUCCGAGGACACUGAGAUUCAGUUCCAUAGAGACCCAGUGUCAGCAGUGGAAAUGUGCCAUCAGGGUGACGUGGUCAUUGUUCUCCCAGGGAUCUACAAUGUGAGCAGUUCCAUCUUCUUACCAGACUCCAUCACUUUAGAAGGUUUCGGGCUUCCUGAUGAGGUGGUGAUAGAGAAGAAAAACAAGGGCGACUCCUUCGUGGAGUCCACAGGAGCUAAUGUCAGCAUGUCCAACAUCAAGUUCAUCCAACACGAUGCUAUAGAGGGCAUUCUGUGUGUGCGUCAGGGCACUGUGAACAUGGAGAACUGUGUGCUGCAGUGUGAGACGACGGGAGUGAUCGUCCGGACUUCAGCCCGCCUCACCAUGAACAUGUGUGACCUGUACGGCUCCAAGGGGGCUGGUGUGGAGAUUUACCCCGGCAGUGUUUGCAGUCUGAUUGGUAACGGGAUCCAUCACUGUAAGGACGGGAUCCUCAUCAAGGACUUUGCUGAUGAGCUUGAUGUGAUGCCGUCAAUCACUAUGGAGAAUAAUGUAAUUCACAACAAUGAAGGCUACGGGGUGAUUCUAGUGAAACCCAACAUCGGGGCGCAACAAGGAGUUCUUCCGGACAGAAGUGACGAAGAGCACGCUGGACUGCCGUCUGCAGACAAACAGCAGGGAGCUUUCACUGCUCCUCUCAUCUCCUCAACAACAACCCCGAGUAGCAGGUCAGCAGACAUUCAGCCCGAGUCAGCAGAGAACAGCAACACGGGCGCUGACGUAGCCUCCACCUCUGGCAGGAAGUGGCAGUUUAGUCGUCAGCUGAGCAGAAACAAGGAGACUUUCUGCAGCCGAGCCGUCCAGGAUCUGGUGGACCACCAGAUCUUCGUCUCCAUUCAGGGAAACCAGUUCAGACGCAACGGCAUGGGCGACUUCGGCACCUUUUUCUACUGACCAACUACUUCAGACUGGCUGGAUGUCAAUACGCGUCUUUUAAGAUCCUUCCACAGAGUUUAUUUGAUGACAGCUUCGUGCUUUAGAUGAUUUCUUUUGUUUGUCAUGAAAUAAACAUUGCUGAUUCACACUCAUCUUUUGAGGUGUUCUGCAGAGACGAUGAUCAUGUUCUUGUGAUCAGUGUCAUGUUUCUAAAAGCACUGUUGCUCUGACUUCUGACUGUUUGAUGGUAAAUUGAUCCCCAUGUUUGCUUUAUCUUAUUUAUUCCUUUGGGCUCCUGACGCUAAAUGUUUUUAACAUUUUUAAUGCAUUAUUUGUUUCAAAUCCACUCGUCACUUUGAAUGCAGUUUUGUUGGUUCCACUUCAGAUGUAAUACAUGUUAACUUUUAAUGUGGUGGCUUGUUGAAGCUGAGUUCACACACAGAUUCUUUGUUUACUUUGUUCAUGUGUUAGAUGUGAUUUUCACAUGGUGCCUCUGGGUUUUUAAAGCUUUGAUGUAUUUUAUGGUUGAGGGAAGUCUUCAGGUUGACAGUAGCAGCCCAGUGUAAAGAGACUGAGUUAUUUCGAUUGACUGAGUCUAUGGUUUAAACUUCUACUUGUGGAACUAGUGAAUGUCCUGCAGAUUAAGAAGUGUCUGACGGCAUAUGUGGGGGUGCAGCAUGAUAAUCCUAUAAGGUGUGAGUUGUAUCAUCCAAUAUUUGCAGUGUUUAAAACAUGAUUUGUGACUUCACUUGGAAUUUUUACAUCAUGUUCUCCACAAGACCAAAUAUUAAAAAUCUUUGUUUGUCAUUUUACAACACAGUGAAGUUGUCCUUUAAUAUGCUUUGGGCUCUUUGCAGUCACCUUACCUCCCCAUUGUCACUGAUGCUCAGUAGAUUUGUACCAAUGAUGUUCUGGGCAGUUUUAAUCACUGCUGUGUUGAAAAUGUCUGUGAUGACGUCAGUUAGCUGGUUAUCAUAUGUUGUUAUUGCACGACCAGGGAUGUUGUCAGGUCCAGCAGCUUUACUCAGAUUCACU